UGCUGAUUCAUGACAACGCAGCAUUUAUAUUAUCUUGAAGAGCCUCAAAGAAGUAAAAGUUUAAGUCCAGCGCUUCAGUACAGGCGUGCCUCACACCCCAGAACCAACAGCCACAGUAACGGACUCGUACAAUGGCCGGCAGAGAUGAAAUUCUGAUAAAUUUUCAGGCCAUGACUGGACUGGAGGACUUGGCCAUGUGUAUCGACAUAUUGGAACAGAAAGAAUGGGAUCUCACCUCUGCUGUCAACAGUAUGAUGUCACAGCCCCAGUUCCCUAGUCAACCGCCAGCAUCAUCCUCACCAAGGUCUCUAGGGUUCAUAGACCUCACUACCCAGACAUCGUCUCAAGUGAUAGUACCUGAUAGAACUCACCCGUACAUUGACAGCUAUGCCAGUGUUGACAGCUAUGCCAGUGUUGACUCAGCAGUGAGUGGAGCUCUGAUUGAACUGACUGUAUAUUAUGGAACGCGGGCUAUCAGGUUAUUCCUAUCGUCUUCAAGCACUGUGGCACAGAUAAAGGAGCAGUUGGAAUGGAAGAGUGGCGUGCAACCUUAUAGACAGAUACUGAAGGGAUGGCCACGAACACAACCAACUAAUAAUCAGGACACUCUGGAGUUGCUGGGACUGACAGUGGGGACCUCGUACACACUCACACUGGAGCACCUCCCUCACAACCUCCCCGCACCACCCUUCCAUGAGCACAUCACCACUCGGGCCGGCUCGCUAGCCGAGACUAUAGCACACGUGUCUACCUCGUUACAGGAGACGAGGACAGGGGCAUCCUCGCUAAUGGUGGGCAAUCAACUGACUGAUCGGAUCAUAAUAGACCCCCCACAAUCGGGGAACACAAGUCCAGUGGUGUCCAUUCCCAGUAGCUCCUCUCAUUACAGUGAUGCACAUGAACCACUCAGCAGUGAGGAUGAGGAGGAGCCUGUUCUGGAGAGCCUUGAUGAUGGUCUAUUCGAUGACAUGACUGAUAACGGUGCUAGCAGUGCCAUGAGGGAGCCUCUCAUACCACAGGGAUGUCUGGAACCCUACGAAGCACUCCAAUUCUUCACUCACGCCUUUGAGGCUCGCUACGGGCCCAUGCAUCCUCUGUUCCUGAUAGGGUCUCUAUCUGAGGCCGUGGGAGAGGCCACCUCUGGCAGUGCCCUCAGUGGAACUAGGAAGCCCAUGUUCAUCUACCUCCAUCACGACGCUAGUAUUCUCUCCAACAUCUUCUGUAGUCAGCUCCUGUGCAGUGAGUCUGUAGUCAACUACCUCACCUCCAACUACGUGUGCUGGGCCUGGGACCUCACCCUGCUUCAGAGCAAGAUCAAACUGCUUCAGAUGGUGGAGGAGUGUUUUGGUAAGGUGGCCAAGAGCAGUGUGGAUGAGAUACGUGCAGACCACCUCCCAGCCAUGCUCAUAGUGUACAAGGUCAAGGGCAUCACUGACAUCAAGAAUAUUAUCCAAGGUGAGACCAAUAUAGACUCUCUGAUGACCUCUCUCAUGUCGGCUGUGGAUGAUCACAAUCGCCAUAUAGAGAUGGAGGCUAUGGAGGAGAGGGAAAGAGUGCAGAGAGACUAUAUGAUAGCUGAGCAGAACAGAGCUUAUCAAGAGUCACUCAUUGCAGACAAACAAAAGGCUCGUGAGCGUGAGGAGGUGGAGUUGGCCAAGGUGGAGCAAGAGAGACUGGAGGAGAAGGAGAGGACUGACAAAGAGGAGGCACGAGAGGCCAUGGAAGUGUGUGUACCAGAUGAACCACCACCUGACACCAAGGAGAGCGUCUGUACACUGAGGUUACGCUAUCCUGAUGGAUCUCAGAUCACACGGAGAUUCCUGGCCACACACCAACUCCAGGACUUGCUGAAUCUACUGGGUUCCCAAGGUUACCUCAUGUCUGACCACAAACUAAUCACCAGUUUUCCUCGCAGAGAUAUUUCUGAAAUGAACCCAACCGAGUCUCUGGAACAAUGUCGACUCUGCCCUCAAGAAAAUCUGUUUAUAGAGGAGAAAUAGUUUCCACAUAGCUUAGGCUCAAUCAGCACCCACAGAACUUAAUCUAUACUUCACCAAAUUAACUGUUACCAUGUUUUGUGAUUAUCAUAAUUAUACAUCUUAUUACCUCCAUGAGGUAAAAAUGUA